AUGGUCAAGACUAUUCCUUUCGGCGACAUCACUGUUCCAUCGCCUGGCUUUGGAGCAAUGGGCAUGAGCUUUGGUCUCGGCUCUAACUUGAGUCUCGAGGAAGCCGAACCAGUCUUGCUCAAAGCUAUUGAGCUAGGCUGCAUCUUUUGGGAUACAGCUGUAGUAUAUCAGGCUGGAGUCAACGAAAAGCUUCUUGGGGACUUUAUCAGGAAACAUAACGUUCGAGACAAGGUCUUUAUCGCUUCAAAGUGUGGUUUUGAUGUCUUUGGUAAGGGCGGAGUGACCAAUUCUGCCUCUCACAUCAAGGAAUAUAUCGAGGGAACCAUCGAAAGACUCGGCUUCGCUCCUGAUCUGUACUACCUGCACCGAAUUGAUCCCAACACUCCGCUCGAAGAGUCCAUUCCUGCUCUGGAUGAGAUCCGAAAGCAGGGAAAGACAAGGUACAUUGGCCUCUCUGAAUGUUCCGCCAACACCUUGCGCAAGGCCAAUUCCAUUGCCAAGAUCGAUGCUGUUCAAGCUGAAUACUCGGCUUUUGAAACACUGCACGAGACCGACGGUCUUAUUGAUACGGCGAAAGAGCUUCGCAUCGCCUACGUUGCCUACAGCCCACUCGGCCACGGCUGGCUCGUCGAUGACUUUCCUUACAAGAGUCCAGAUGAUUUCGCACCCGACGACUUUCGACGAACAGUACCCAAGUUUCAAGGCGAAAACUUCUACAAGAACAAGGCUAUAGUAGAGGAAAUCAAGAAACUCGCUGUUCGCAAGGGAUGCACUUUGACACAGAUCGCAUUGGCCUGGGUCGCAUCCCAAGCAAUGAUUGCUAUCCCUGGUACAACCAAGGCGCACCGUUUGGAGGAGAACUGGGCAUCUAGGGAUGUUGACUUGACUGAGGAAGAAAAUGCUCAGAUGAGGAAGAUUAUCGAUUCGGCAAAGCCGCAGGGAAACAGGUAUAGUGCUACUCAUCAGGCUCUGUUCAAAAUGGACUCAAGUUCAGGAGUCAAGAGUCAAGAUGUGCUCGCAGGGCUUGAUCGAUUCAAGCCUCUCCCCGACCUCCGCACGCACGCAGACGACUGGACUGGUGUGACUUCAAGGCGCGAGAGAAAGCGAAGACAGAAUAGGCUCAAUCAAAGAGCAUGGCGCCGGAGAAAGGCUGCUCAGGAUACAUCAGAUGGACAGACUACUUGCACAUCUCAUAAUGGUUCGGUGGUGUUGAGCGACACUUGCUCUUCGAAGUUCUAUGGGGCACCGACCAUUGGCGAUGGGAUCUUACUCAUACCCGAUACAUACGAGGCGGAGAGACUUCGAAACUUGAUACGGCAGUCUCUUCAAGACUAUUCACUACAAACCCCGCGCCCAUCCAACUUACACAUAAUCAUUCGCCUAAAUGUUCUCAACGCCAUAGCCGAUAACGCCACUGCAAUCGGGUUCCCAAAAGAAAGUCUAUGCCGCGAUGAGUUCAUAUCGCCCUUCUACCAGACCGGCCCAAUACUGCUCCCCUCACCCACCUGUCCCACGAGCCUACAGCCAACGCCGCUACAGCGCUCGACGGUACAUCAUCCCUGGAUAGACCUGUUUCCUUUCCCAAAGUUCCGCGACAAUGUCCUCGAUGGUAUGCAGAAAGGAUUGUUUGAUGAAGAUGAGCUGUGCGGUGAUCUGUUGGGCGUUGAGGGAGCGGGAGUGGGAGAGCAGCCGUCGCUUUUGGUAUGGACUGUGGCAUGGGAUGCAAAAGGCUGGGAAGUAAAUGCGGCGUUCGUGAAGAAAUGGGGGAGGUUGAUUGAAGAUUGUCCUGAAAUUAUGGAACCGACGAAUUAUUGGCGGAGAAAGAGGGGACAAGCUGCGUUGACGUUUGGUAUUGAUGCCCAAGCCGGCCCAUGA